CUUAAAUCCUCUUUUAGAAGUAUUAUUCUUUCUUAAAAAUAUUCGAAACAAAUACACUAAUUUACUAAACGCGAAAUUACUUUCUUAAAACAACAUAUUAUAUUUACAAUUAUUUUAAAAAUUGAAAACAUCCUAAAACUCUUUAGAUAUUCUCGCCCUAAAAUGUGUGGGAAACACGAUUUGGAAAGUGGUGGUAUUGACUAUGCUGACAAGAGGAUUUUUAAAAGGCUCAUGUCUCGCGAGAUGCCGACUCUAUCGGCCGUUGCCAAAACAGGGAAGGCGCAUCAAUUCCAGAUCCAAGGUGCGGAAUAUCUCGUUUUGCAGCAACCUCUACUCUUUGCAAUUCUACAACAACACUCCCUACUCUCAUUAUUCACCAUGCUGUCGCGCAGCUCUGCAAGGUCGGUUUCGCUAACUUGGGCUUCUUAUCAGAGCCUUGUCAAAUCUGCCCAAGCUCCGCUGCGAUCCGCACAGACUUCCCGAUCCUUCGCCACUGUUCAGUCAGAUAUCUUCAAACCAACGAAAUAUGGUGGGAAAUACACCGUUACUCUGAUUCCUGGUGAUGGUAUCGGAGCAGAAGUCGCAGAGUCUGUCAAGACAGUCUUCAAGGCCGACAAUGUACCAAUCGAGUGGGAGCAAGUUGAUGUGACUGGUGUGGAGUCAGGCGACAAACAUUCAGAGGAGCUUUUCCGAGAAUCAAUCGCCUCCCUCAAGAGAAAUAAACUUGGAUUGAAGGGCAUUCUGCAUACACCUAUCGAGCGAUCCGGUCACCAAUCGUUCAACGUAGCUAUGCGACAAGAACUCGACAUCUAUGCCUCUAUUGUUCUUAUCAAGAACAUCCCUGGCUACAAGACUCGACACGACAAUGUCGAUCUGUGCAUCAUCAGAGAAAACACCGAGGGAGAGUACUCAGGCCUGGAGCACCAGUCUGUACCGGGUGUUGUGGAGUCCCUUAAGAUCAUUACUCGUGCCAAGUCAGAACGUAUUGCCAAGUUCGCAUUUAGCUUCGCAUUGGCAAACAACCGCAAGAAGGUUACCUGUAUCCACAAGGCCAACAUCAUGAAGCUUGCAGAUGGUCUCUUCCGAAACACCUUCAACGCAGUUGCAAAGGAAUACCCAACGUUGGAGACCAACGACAUGAUCGUUGACAAUGCGUCCAUGCAGUGUGUUUCGAGACCACAGCAAUUCGAUGUUAUGGUCAUGCCCAACUUGUACGGAGGUAUCCUCUCGAACGUUGGAGCUGCUCUCGUUGGUGGACCAGGUAUUGUUCCUGGUUGCAACAUGGGACGUGAAGUCGCUGUUUUCGAGCCCGGAUGCCGUCACGUUGGUCUCGAUAUCAAGGGCAAGGACCAAGCUAACCCCACUGCUAUGAUCCUGUCUGGAUCUAUGCUCUUAAGACAUCUUGGUCUUGAUGAGCAUGCUAACCGUAUCUCCAAGGCUGUUUAUGAUGUUAUUGCUGAUGGAAAGACACGCACACCUGAUAUGGGAGGAAAUAACAGCACGCACCAAUUCACAAGAGCCGUCUUGGAUAAGAUGGAGGCCGUAUAG